GUCGUUUCCACAUUCACUAAAAGGAAAACAUCAUACUACCAUAAGAAUAUACUGACUAAUCAAUUUAGCACUGUACCGAGGCGGCUUAUUUACUAAUCGAAAUUUGGUCCCAAGAAACUUCAGAGUGUCUGUGAUCUGAUUGGAAACAUCUUUUCCAGAGCAAAUCGGGUAUUGAUUUUAAGAAUCCCUGAGUCCGAUGUCAGAUUGGCGCUGGGACUGAUAAGGAGUCCCGGAAGGCUCAUUUUCAGUGUCAUAUUCAAAUUCAGCACCUCAAAUUACCUGAAUGCACCGAGCAUGAGAAAGCUGUUAAAACAUGUUAUGGGAUUAUUCUCAAAAAUGUUGAGCAUCUCUAAAACCAGUGCCUGUAUUUUUGAGAUCGAAUAUAAGUGGAUAAAGGUGUUAUGUUACAAAAUGCAAGUUCAGAGUUAUUUAGGAAAACAUGAUUUGAUUUAGAACUUUUUCCAUUAUUUUACGAUUCUGACCAAAAACACUUGUUCGAUAUGUUGAAGUACGGUAUUUUUGUGUAAGAUUAGGGACACUGAAAAAUUAUUAUUUUAUUAGAAAAACUGCAAAAAAUGUACAUAACUCCUUUAUCUAUUGAAAAUUAAACUGUGGUAGAAUAACAAGAUAUGUGGAAAGAAGUGUCAAGUAACAGAUAAUAAUAAUAAAGUGUUCAAUAUCAGAAGAUACAUGUUUAAACUGUCAUUCUUUUCUUAUUUGGAUGUGGUAAGUUCUCCUGUAUUAUACUUUCGUAAUGGAAUUCGUACUAUGUACAAGCUUUAUUUCAACUUUGAGGUUUUGUAGAGAUUGGCUUGUCACUCUGGAUCCCUGCAUGUCAUUAGCAAAGCUGUGAACUGGAUUGAUUGUACAGGAAAGGAGGUCGUUAUGUGAGAGGAACAAUUUUGGAGCAAAGAUCGAUCCUUGGGAAACACUUGAGUUGAGAUUGUAGGAUGUAGAGGUGAAACCGUCUAUUACGAUGGAUAUCUUGCGGCCAGUACAACUUGACGCGUGCUUAACAACGAAUAGACUCGCAAAACAUAGUCUAACUUAUUUGUCGAUACUUAUUUAGUUGAUAGUGGUUUUAUGUCACAUAGGAUAUAGCAUUUAUCAACUGAAAUAAUCGCAAUUCACUUGACAUGUGACCUUUAUCAAGUGAAAUUAUCUUUUUACAAAGGAUUACCAAUAUAUGGUAUAUCUCUUAUAACAGGUUACAUAGGUAUGUGAGGGGGCCAAAAAUCGAAAAAGAUGGCUUUGGUAAGAAAUGUGACAUGACACCUUUAUCCACCUAUGUCUUCAAUUAUCACAUGCUACAAGAGUUGGUAUUUAAAAAUGUUUUACGCGAUAAUUAUCUCCUCGCAGUAUACAGAAUUUUGGACGAAAUUUCUGUUUUCAUUGUUUGUUCCUUCACAUAUAAUCUUUAGGAAUGUUUCCGAAAUGUCGAAGAGACAUCUUCUGUAUAUAUGAAUAUAAAUGUCUGUCCAGCCUGUCAGCAUCACGUCUGAACCACAAUACGGAGAGACGUAAAUGUUUGUACACAUACUAAUUGAUAUCUAACUUAUCGUCUUUGCAAUCAACUACCGCGGCAAAUACCAAAACCUCCGCCAUCAUCCUCAUGCCGGCAACAGCGCGUCGCAGCAACUUGCAUUACUAACAUUGUAUUACAUUAGGUAGGAUUCUGAUAAAAAUUUAGUACAAGUGUAGCAAUACAGCUGGACCAUACUAAAAAUAUGACGGUUUAUUGCUGGCUACUUUGUUGCUCUAGAUAAUGCAGUGAAAGUAUGGCCCAUUUGGAAGCACCAUAAUGAAUCACACUAGCUAUACAUGUUUGUUCCAGGUAUGCAAUUCGUUUUGAAGACUGCACAUCUGAGAGAACUGUGAUAAAAUACAUGACUGAUGGUACAUUACAUAGGGAAUUUUUAUCAGAACCAGAUCUAGCUUCUUAUAGUGUGAUGAUAAUUGAUGAGGCACAUGAACGUACUCUACAUACUGACAUUCUAUUUGGGCUUGUCAAAGAUAUUGCCAGGUUUCGUCCAGACUUGAAGCUGCUCAUAUCAAGCGCCACACUAGACGUGACAAAGUUUUCAGAAUUUUUCGACGAUGCGCCGAUGUUCCAAAUACCCGGCAGAAGAUUUCCCGUCGAUAUCUACUAUACCAAAGCUCCAGAAGCUGAUUAUGUAGACGCAUGUGUUGUAUCUGUAUUGCAAAUACAUGUUACACAGCCUUUGGGCGAUAUUUUGGUUUUUCUCACCGGACAGGAAGAAAUCGAAACGUGUCAAGAACUGUUACAGGAUCGUCUGAGACGUCUAGGCUCCAAAGUCAAAGAACUACUAGUGUUACCAGUAUAUGCAAAUCUCCCAAGUGACAUGCAAGCGAAAAUAUUCGAACCAACCCCGCCUGGAGCUAGAAAAGUAAUAUUAGCCACGAAUAUUGCCGAAACAUCGCUUACUAUCGACAAUAUUAUCUACGUCAUCGAUCCUGGGUUCGUCAAACAGAACCAUUUCAAUUCAAGGACGGGAAUGGAAAGCUUGAUUGUGGUGCCCAUAUCAAAGGCAUCUGCCAAUCAGCGCGCUGGUAGGGCAGGGAGAGUAGCUGCAGGAAAGUGUUUCCGACUGUAUACAGCAUGGUCAUACAAACAUGAAUUGGAAGACAACACAGUGCCUGAAAUUCAACGGAUCAAUCUCGGCAAUGCGGUGCUUAUGUUGAAGGCGCUAGGCAUCAACGAUUUGGUGCAUUUCGAUUUCUUGGAUCCACCACCUCACGAGACUUUAGUACUGGCACUGGAACAGUUAUAUGCACUUGGAGCUCUUAAUCAUCAUGGCGAGCUUACUAAGCUGGGUAGAAGAAUGGCUGAAUUUCCCGUCGACCCUAUGAUGGCAAAGAUGCUUCUUGCCGGUGAAAAGUAUAAAUGUUCAGAAGAGCUAGUGACGAUAGCAGCAAUGUUAUCAAUAAAUAGCGCCAUAUUCUAUAGGCCGAAGGAUAAAAUAAUACACGCAGACACAGCGAGGAAAAACUUCAAUCACCUGGCUGGAGAUCAUCUUAGCUUACUCAACGUAUAUAAUCAGUGGAAGGAUACGGAUUAUUCUACACAAUGGUGCUAUGAAAACUUCAUACAGUAUAGGUCAAUGAGAAGAGCCAGAGACAUAAGGGAACAACUCGUAGGAUUGAUGCAAAGGGUAGAAAUUGAAAUGGUUUCUAAUGUCACUGAAUGCGUGAACAUUCGAAAAUCUAUCACUGCUGGGUACUUCUACCACAUAGCCAGACUUUCUAAAGGUGGAAACUACAAGACAGUGAAACACAAUCAGACAGUUACUAUACAUCCCAAUAGUUCGCUUUUUGAAGAUCUUCCCAGGUGGGUGUUGUAUCAUGAACUAGUAUUCACAACAAAGGAAUUUAUGAGACAAGUAAUUUCAAUCGAUAGUAGAUGGUUACUAGAAGUAGCGCCUCACUAUUACAAGCCUAAGGAACUUGAAGAUUCAACCAACAAGAAGAUGCCUAAGACUAUGGGUAGGAGUACGAGGACUGAAUAAUAUAUGUUUUUGUCGAUACAGAUAACAUGGAGCUCUAAACGCUUAUAUGAACGCUGCCUUUGAACUCCAAAGACCUAUUGCGUGUCAAAGAUGCUUAGCAAGGUGUAACAUAAUUAUCCAUUUAAAAAAUUUGGAAGACUCACCAGCUAGCCGCAGCUGCCGCUGGAGCAGCAGUCUGCUGUCCACCACCUGCAGCUACCGCUUGUGCACUGGCGGCGGCUUUCAACUUGCGCAGUUCCUUUGUUGCCCACGUUGCCAACGUUUUCGUCCUGUUGACGCGACUGCGUCUACCCUGUC